UUCGGGUGGUCACGCUUCAGCAUGGGUGCCGCCUGGAACCAGCCCGUUCAGCCAAAACCACCACCACCACCUGAACCAGUGCCGAGUCCGAAGCCAAAGGGGGUGACCGAGGAGACGCUGUACAAAUGCGUCAACGAUGUGCUCGACGCGGCGACCAAGAAGCGCCGCAAAUUCCUGGAGACGGUGGACCUGCUGGUCGCGCUGAAGGACUACAACUUCCAGAAGUACAAGCGUGUCAGUGGCGUCGUCAAGCUGCCGCACGUUCUAAAGCCGAACAUCCGGGCCUGCCUGAUCGGCUACGAGGCGGAACGUGAAGAAGCCAAAGCCAACAACUUGUACUUCAUGGAUUGUGACAAAGCCAAGAAGCUGAAUGGGCGGCGCAAGGCGAUCGAGAGACUCGCGGCAAGGUACGACGCCUUCCUGGUACCAGAGGCGCUGGUCACAGACCUAAAGCGAAUCUUGGGACCCAUUUUCGCAAAGGAGAUGACGUUCACCAUCUCCGUGGGACACGUGAAAAUGAGCGCCCAGGAGCUGGCCGAAAACGUCGAGGCGACCAAGACCGCACUCCUGGCUCGGAUCGGCAAUCGAUGGGAGACCAUCAAUGCUCUGAACAUCAAGUCGACCAUGGGACCCGCGUUCAAAUUGUGCUGACUACUCCAUGCGUACCAGUCACAGGGCCGCCGAAACCUGAAGCCUUGCUGCUGGCAGUCAUGCAUAAAGAGCACUAGACCACCCACACGUUUCGUUGUUUUUUGCUGUUUCGAUUGCAUGCAGCUGCGCUGAAAGGGCACUAUAGGGAGACGCACGGUAAAAUAAUGCGCAAAAUGAAGCUGUGACCUCGAACGUCACGAAGCUGCUGUGCAGAUUAUGAGGCACGCCGACGUUUACCCUGCGCGUUUAUCCCACACAAGCCGUCUUUUUUUUUUUUUUUUGCUUUCCGUCACUAUUCGAAUGCGCGCGACCACCGAGGCUUCGGAUUAAAGUCGAGCUGAGCAGCAAUACAGCACGCCACAGCAGCCAAAGUGUAAUACUAAUCUUGCAGAAACCUCACUAGCUUUGCUUUAUGAGGAGAGUUGAUGUGGUUUCAGAAAAUAAAAACAUAUUGCAAGAGUCUCCACAAUUCUACGCGAACUCCAACUUCCCGCUACGUACGACAGUGUCACAAAGGUAUUUCAUGGGUGGCAGUUCCUUGGAAGCUGCGUAACAUAGGUUAGCUUGACAGGAAGCCGCAGAGACUACACUGAGAGAGAAAGUGAGUGCGGAGAGGAAGAGGUGGUGCUAUGUACGAGAGAACUAAACAGGAAACUAAACAGAGACGAAAGCAGCAUCAGUCUGUUUCAGCUUUGCGUUGACGUCGCUAGCGUGUAAGCUACGCGCGAGAGCGCUUGUUUUGCUUUCUUUUGCAGCGAAGCUGUAUAUGGCUAGCCGAUUCCUCAUUCCGUUCAUCCACCUGUCUUUCGGUCGCCGGUACGCCGAAAGCUUUUUUGGCGUAACCUCAUGCGCAUGCGUGAAAAAAAAAAGGCGCGCGAUUAGUCAACAUCACCUGAUAGCACAAUGCCUGUUUACUCCGAUCCAGGGCGUGACGCUACCUGGCUCGAGAUUUCCAUUGACAAGGCUGGCUUGAUGAAAGCGGUGACGUCAAAAUCACUGUUGCCUACUCGGGAGAAUCCUUAGAUUGAAUGGCAGUCGGACCAGGUAACAUGACGUCAUGGAUCG